AUGGCAUCUUCGGAUGGGUCAGCAGCAGCCUCCGCGGCGCAAUCAAGCUACAAGAUUGUAGAAAGAGUCGACAAGUUUGAAGAAGCCCAAGCAAAACGUCCUGACUUUGACCAUACCGGCACUGCCAUUGAAGUAACUAAGUCACCUAAUCCGACUUGGAAGUAUGGCCACGGAAUUCGCUCGCAACAUCCGCCAGCGGAACCGAAACAUACAGAGAUAGACCCCUACGCCCCGGAUCGGCCUAUGGUGAACAACUAUAGGCUUCUAGUUUCGGGGAUUGCACCUCGUCCUAUAGGUUUCUUGAGUACUGUAUCAAGCAACGGCAGCAAAAAUCUGGCGCCAUUCAGCUACUUCCAGGUCAUUGAUCAUGACCCGCCAAUGUUUAUAGUUGGCUUUUCUUCCAGGCCUGGUCGAAUGAAAGACACCUAUCGCAACUUGAAAGAAACCGGAGAGUGUGUCAUAAAUACUGUGUCGGAAGAUAUGAUUGAGGCGGUCAACGCAACAUCUAUUGAUGCGCCUUACGGUGUCUCAGAAUGGGAGAUUUCAGGGCUCCAUGAAGCGCCCACGACCACCGUGAAACCCUCGAGAGUCAAGGAAUCGGUGUUUUCUAUCGAAGCAAAAGUGGUGGACUCUAAAGACUUCAAUGAUCAUUCCAAGGAGGGUAUGAGCAUUGCCGGAAUGAUCUUGCUAAAGGCGACUCGUUUUUGGGUCAGAGAUGAUGCCGCCAACUCCGACUUCAGUCAUAUUGAAUUGGAUAAGCUGCGGCCCGUUGGCCAGCUCGGUGGAAUGUCCUACGGGCGAAUCACAUCCACUUUUGAAGUGCCUCGGAAGAGAUGGCAAGAUGAAAUGCCCGAGAGUGAGUUGUUGCAAGACUUGGAAAAGCCGAAGCCUAGGGAAUGA